CUUUCCUUUUGUACAAAUAGGCUAUACUGAAAUAUGCUGAAAUGCGAUACUUGGUACACUCCAAGCUCAAAUUAUUUACUAAAGAUAAAGCGGAGUCUCCGGUUUUUCCCACGGGACUUGAACGCAGCAUGUGUUCAGACAGCGGAGGCUGAGCAGCAUCAGGAUGGGCGGCUAGCAUCUGUCUGAGUCUCGGCUUUAACGGCAGCAUCCUGAGCAUCUUCAUGACAGACCCACUGAAAUCCUCCUAAGCAGAACACCACAGAAGAAGACAGGGAGGCAGGAUGGACUCCUUCUCCAUGAUGGGCAGCAGCAGGAGCCCUGUGUUCUUCACAGCUCCGUCCUCUCACCACCACCUCCAACACACACAGGCCUGUUUCCUGCCCAACGGCACCAAGAGUGGAGACACAGAGUCUUCCCGGCCCACGGUGGCCAUCCUGGGCUCCGGGGACUUCUCCAAGUGCCUGACCAUCCGCCUGCUGCGCUGUGGCUUCCAUGUGGUGGUGGGCAGCCGACACCCCAAACUGGCAGCGCAGUCCCUUCCUCAUGUAGUGGAUGUGACACACCAUGAGGACGCUGUGGGGAAGUCCAACAUCGUGUUCCUGGCUAUCCGUCGUGAGCACUACUCUGUGCUGUGGGACCUCAAACACCUACUGGAAGGAAAGAUCCUGGUGGAUGUGAGCAACAACAGGAGGAUGAACCAGUACCCCGAGUCCAACGCUGAGUAUCUGGCUUCACUGAUGCCAGGCUCCAUCACCGUCAAAGGCUUCAACGUCAUCUCAGCCUGGGCCAUGCAGAUGAGCUGCCCCAAAGACGCCAGCACACAGGUGUACAUCUGCAGUGACUCGGUGGAGGCUCGGCAGCAGAUCAUGGAGUUAGCCCGCCAGCUCCACUUCCUGCCGGUGGAUAUGGGCACCCUGUCUUCCUCUCGGGAAAUUGAGAACAUUCCCAUACGGUUAUUCCCCGGCUGGAAGGGCCCCGUGCUCGCUGCCGUCGCCCUCUCCAUCUUCUUUUUCGCCUACUCAUUUGUACGAGACAUCAUCCACCCGUAUGUGAAACACAAGCAGAGUGACUUCUACAAGAUCCCCAUAGAGAUGGUGAACCGGACUCUGCCCACUGUGGCCAUCACGCUGCUGGCGCUGGUGUACCUGGCGGGUCAGCUGGCCGCCGCCCACCAGCUGUACUACGGCACCAAGUACAGACAGUUCCCCCACUGGCUGGAGGGCUGGCUGCAGAGCAGGAAGCAGCUGGGCCUGCUCAGUUUCUUCCUGGCUGCCGUGCACGUGGUCUACAGCCUGUGUCUGCCCAUGAGGAGGUCUGAGAGGUACCUGAUGCUCAACACCGCCUACCAGCAGGUCCACGCUAAUGUGGAGAACGCGUGGAACGAGGAGGAGGUGUGGAGGGUGGAGAUGUACGUUUCCUUCGGGAUCAUGAGCCUCGGGCUGCUGUCGCUUCUCGCCAUCACCUCCAUCCCCUCCGUCCACAGCACGCUCAACUGGAGGGAGUUCAGCUUCAUACAGUCCACGCUGGGCUACAUCGCUCUGCUCAUCGCGACCCUGCACGGCCUGCUGUUCGGCUGGAAGAAAGCCUUCGAGGAGGACGCCUACCGCUUCUACCUGCCCCCCAGCUUCAUGGUGGCCCUGGCGCUGCCCGUGUGUGUGAUUCUGGGGAAGGUGCUCAUGCUGCUCCCCUGCGUCGGCCGCAAGCUGCACCAGAUCCGCCGCGGCAUGGACAGCAGUCAGAACCGCUGCCAGCGCCUGGAGCCCGUGGGCUCGGCUGCACACGUCUCUCCGGAGAGAGUCACCAUCAUGUGAGCUUUCCCACAUACACUGCCAUAUCUAACUGGUGUAUGUGAACACAUUCACAUGAUCCAAAUGGUAUUCUUUGUUCCUGUGAUCAGUUUGGCCGUCUGUGAAUCCUGUUCUUAGUAGCUGUUCAUUAUAACUGCCCUUGUGGGACUGUCAUGUUACAGUUUGUCCAUCUAAAUGGUAAAAUGGAAUAUCUUGUCAAUAUUUCUUUAACACUUUGUUCCUGUCGUUGUGUUCUGGCAGACAUUAGACUGAGGUACAGUUUACUUUAAAGGAAAAUUCAAUACAUUUUACAAGUUCUGCUCGGCCUGUUAAAACAUCAGAAUCUUCUAGUCUUAUUUCAAAGUCAAGAAAACAAAGAUAAUGCAGCAUAGGUCUCAUUCAGAAUCAUUCAAAUAUUACACGAUGAGUCCAUCAACUGAGUGCGUUUAAUCAAGUUUAAUGAGCUGCUAUGUUCAUAACUUUUAAUAUGUCUUAGUCAAAAACCUUGAAUUAUGUUAAAACACUCGAGUUUUGUAUACAGGAGUUUCAAGGUAACUGUUUAAAAUCUGAGCUAAAUAACUAGUCAUGUUUACCCAUAAUUCCCUUCCUUAAGCUUCCCAAAGGUUACGCGUCAUGGUUACACAGGUUUAAGUGUUACUUUACUAGAUUGUGUUUCCAUAAAUAAAACAUUCCUAAAGGUUAAUAUAGUUCUGCACUUUAAAAACUAUUUCAGAGGUACAUGUGUGUCCUUAGGAGUGUCCAGCAGGUGGCUGUGUUACAACACAAAUUCAGAGGAAACAAAGUUUAGAAACACAUUUCUAACAAAUGAGUUUGAAUGUGAGAAAGAGCCAAGAAUCAAAAUGUAAAUUAUAAAAAUAUUUUUAAUGAAAACACUUAAUCUCACAUUACAAACAUAGAAAAUAAAACUCAAUUCACAACACAUUUGUAUCUCAAAGUUUAAGAAAAUUGUAUAAAACUAAGUCAACCCUUAUAGUAACUUUGUGUGGAUGUUUGAGUUGUGGAAUAAAAUGUCAAUGAUGUAAUGUUAUCUGGCUCGUGUUCAUGUAAGUGAUACUUUAAAACUAAAGUGAGAAUAAAAUAUUUUUACCUGUAGCAGUGUAGAAACUUUAUUUCAGAGCACUGUGCACCAGAGUACACUUAAUUAAAAGGACAUUUAAAGAUGAAGCACAAUAAAGCCCCAUAGGGUUAAGAAAAUACCUUUACAAUGUUUGUAUCAUGAGGAGCCACAUAUAUACCAGAUCUCUGCACAACACACAAUACAUUUAACUUUACACUGUUAAGCAAAUUGAAUGCAUCUAUUCAGGCUGAGUGAGCCAUAUGAAUGAAUUCAAAGCUGUUUUUAUUACAAUAAGUGCUUUUCUCGUUAGAGUCACAUAAGCCGAAUUGAAGCAUUACAUCCUCAUGAUAGUCUAACAGUGUCAUUUUCGUAAGGCACAUUGUAUUUUCGUAGAUAAACAGGA